GGACGGACGCGUUCCAAGACACCUGCCCCUGCUCCAUCCACUGCUCCGUCUCCCUCCAGGUCAAGGGCCCGGACUCGUAGUCAAUCUCGUGGCCCGUCCCGAACUCCGGCCAUCCCUGCUGCAAGUACACCCCAGGUGCAGUCACGUGGUCGCAGCAAGACCAUCACUACCAAGAAGACACCUGCACCCUCACCUGCACCUGCACCUGCACCUGCACCUGCACCUGCACCUGCACCUGCCCCUGCACCUGCACCUGCACCUGCGCCAACUCCUGUUCGGUCUUCGAGUUCCGCAGUGCCUCGUGCAGCACUAGAUGUUCCCAUGCCGGAUCUCCAUUCCAUGGCAAUCGCGAUUCGGGAUGGUGCAGCUCGCAUCGCUAUUCUUGAGGCUCGGGUGCAGGAGCAGGAUGCUAAGAUUGAUACCCUCCAACGCCUCCAUGAGAGCCUCCGGCGCACGAUGGUCGACCCGCACCCUUCAUUUUCACUUCCGGACACACCGGCCGAUGCAACAAUCUUGCUUGAUCAAUCUGGUCCCCCCCCGUCCAUUUCACCCCUCCCCUCCACACUUUCCAACCUCAUUGAUUUGGACAUGUCAGUCAUGGAACCCACACCCUUGAUGGUUGAGGAUGGAUCUGCUAUGGUAGGUCUCAAUGUUGAGCCCACCCAAGUUCAGCCUGAGGGUCCACAAUCCUCCGGCGAAAUUGUGCUCCCGGAUGAACCAGGCAACCUCUUGCCAGAAUCCUCCGGCGAUAUUGUGGUCCCUAAUGAACAAGGUAACCUCUUGCCAGAAUAUGAUUCCUCUGAUGAGGAUAUGGAUGUUGAGGGGAAGGUUGAUCUUCCUGGUGAGGAGGUUGCAAUGGCUACAUAAUUGCUCAGUGAUAGAUGUACAUAAAUCUUUUUCAAUGCAUGUUACCUAUGCCACAAUUGAAUGAUUCAAUAAUCAGUCCC